UUUUCCACAGCAACCUGUUGCUUCCGAAACCCACAGCUGCAAGUCAUAGGCAAACCGGCACACACGGGGCUGUGAAAUCAACUCAUACGUCCCCUUCAGACAUGAAGAUUGAGAGCGAGGAGGGGCGGGGGGAGGGAAGGAAAUUGAAAGUGAUCACGUGAAUUGGUAAGCGAGCGGAACCAGUGGUUUCGUUCUCAUUUGUAGCUACAGGUGGUCGGUGGUUUGACGGUUAUCUUCCUUCUCGGUUAACAACAGGGAAGAAAAGACAAUUGCCACGAUUGGAGAAUAUACAAAGUUACCUGAGAAGGACUUUUUAAGAACAAAAUUCUUUCGCAUUUUACAUCACAUCUCUCACAUUGAAUAUUGUAAUGGAUAUUAUCUUAUUAAUCAGCUGAUUUUGGUCAAGGCGAAAAUUGAAAGGGAGAUACGAAAGUAGCAAGGAUAGUCACACGAGAUAUUGAAACAUUCGCUGGAAAAAUGGAGACUGCGAAGCCCGUAAAAGAAGGAAAUGCCGUGUACCGCCCUCUGUUGGACACGACCUUAACUAAAGAAGACAUGAGAAAAGCUAAGCAAGAGUUGAAUGAAAAACCGGAGGACUAUGGAAGACACUUGAACAGAGUCAGGGAACUGUUAGCAAAAGAGAAAGAUUUGAAUGCAAAGACGGACGACGAAUUUCUUCUGCGGUUCCUACGAGCUAGAAAAUUCAACGACGAACGAGCUGCCAAUUUAAUUAAAGAUCAUUACAGAUACAGAGCCAAGCAUCCUAGAUUAUUCCGCACGCCCAAGGACAUGGAGGACAUUUUUAGAUGUAACAUAUUCAACUACUUGGCCCACAGAGAUGCGCAGGGAAGAGCCAUCUUCGUUAUGAAAAUAGCCAACUGGUGUCCGGAAACUUUCAGCUUCAAAGAGUUCGUUGGUGCCGGGAACGUGUUGAGUCAAUGGGUACUUAAGAAUCCAGUGACGCAGAUCAACGGCUACGUAGGAAUCUGGGAUUUCAAGGACUAUUCAUUCCAGCACUUUUCCAACUCAUGCACUCCUCGCCUCAUGUGGAUGUUGAGCUCACUCAUGCAGGAUUGUUUCCCAGGACGUUUCAAAGUGGCUUACUGCGUGAAUUGUCCUCCAUUAGCCGACGUUGUAUGGAAGCUUUUCAAGCCUCUUAUUAGAGAAAAAUACAGGAAAAGGGUUGUUGUGAUUGGAAACGAUAUGGCCGAUUUACACAAACACAUCCAUGCCUCUAUACUUCCCCAAGAAUAUGGGGGUACAAUGCCUCUUUCCGACUGCACCGAAGCUGUUAACUUGCUUAUGCAGACAGACAAAGAAUGCCAGAAGGAUUUGAAGUACGGUUACGUCCACAAAUCGGGUCGAUGCAAGGAUGAAGAGGAUGAACAAGAUUUAGUGCCUACUGCGGUACCAGAGGAGUCAUGUGCUGCUUAAAGAGAGGACAAAUGGAUUUAGGGGUAAAACUAUUGGUACCUGCACCAGGGCACACCGUCAAGAUCCCAAAUAUCUUGAGUAAUUAUGUGUGACAAAAAUUUAUAAGAAAAUGUCAGACUUUUAUUAAAAAUAGUGUAUACUUCAAGUCCUUUUUUGAUGGACUGAAUUGAUAUUUCAGAAUAAAAAUUGAUUAUUUUGUA